GGGUAAGCAGCUCGGAGAGAUUGGGAGGUGCGAGGGCAUGAAGGGAUUUGAAAAGGAGUGAGAGGAUCCUCAAAUCAUUCCUUUUGGUAAUUGGGAGCCUGUGGAGCAUAGCAAGGACUGGUGUGAUGGGGGAUUCAGAGUUUAGUGUGUAUGAUAGGGAGCCGAUGGAGACCCGCGAAGCUGGGGUGAAGGGGGUACGGAGAUAAUGUGUGUGAUAGACAGCCAGUGGAGCCUGGCAAGGGCUGGGAUGAUGGGGGCAAAGAGCUUAGCGUGGGUGACAGAGAGUCUACGGAGCUUGCCGAGGGCUGGGGUGAUGAGGAGUCACGGAGGUUAGUGUGUGACGGGGAGCAUGGUGAGGACUGGGGUGGUGUGCAUCUGAAAGGAACAAAGUGUUCCCAGCAAAUGCCACGUCGCUGGUUAAUAAUCCUGGUUUACUGAUGUCACCACAAGCUCUAUUUAACCUCCCUACUCGCUGGCUGUACGCACAUUGCUGUGUCCGCACUGCGUCCAGUCGGAGGAACCUCGUUUACUGUGUAGACUCCGCAAGUUGUCUUUGUUUUCUCACCAUGAUCUUUCAGCAGGUUUGUAUCUGGUUCUUCUGCCUGUUUUGUCUGGGCGUCCAGGGAGGAACGAGCUGUGACUUCAACGAUGAGUUAUAUGCAGCCGACUUGGCCAAGAGCAACAAGUUUUAUGGCCGGUGGUACCUGAUUAUGCAAGCCUCCUCCACGAAGGCCGGAUUGGAGAAAAUCAGGAAACUAGACAACGCUAUCUACACCUUAAUCAAAAGAGACGACCUGAAGAUGUUUGCCAAAGGGGACGUGAGAGCUGCAAAUGCAGAUGCCUGUAUUCACAAUGAGUGGAUGUUCCAUGUUAAUUCAGCGACCAAGCAUAUGAUGAGGGAUGAUGUCUCGCAUCGGGGACACCGUAUAUAUUCACCUGAUUGCAAGAAUUGUAUGAUUCUGCGUGAGACACAGAAAACAGGCAAACGGGUCUUUGACAGAAUAUUACUGUACGCCAGGAAUAAUAGGGUAUGCAAGCCAACGAUGAAUGAUUUCCGAACCCGAGCCAAUUGCCUGAACAUGAACGAGAUCUUUGUCCUGCCUCAAAAAUUGGCAUUUUGUGCUUGAACAUCACCCAACUCUGGAAAGCUUGAAACAUGAUGCUCGAAGCCCCUCUUCUCUCUGCUUACGUCUCCCCCACCUCUCUCUCUCUCUCUCUAUUGGUCUUUCUCAUCAAUAAAUUA